AUGCACGCCUUCUCGCUUCUCCUCCUCCUGACCCCUUUCGUCCUUGUUGAGGGAUCCAAUAUCACGUUUGGCAGAGGUUCGACUGGUGGACGGUGCUGCGAUGGUGGUACUCCCGACCCCUCCAGCACCUGCAAAAAUCGAGGGUUGAACUCUUAUGGCUGCACCGAUGUCAGCAGCUCUGAUAAGGCUGGAGACACUUUUCUUACAUCUCCAGAGGGUGGCUGUGACCCGAAAGAGAUCAAGAACUGGCCGACUGGACGCGAGGUUAUAAGUUUCAUUCCCGGCAGUGUUGUCAUGCACCAAAAUCCAGAGACAUUUGACCUCGAGAUUGGAUUCAUUGGAUGUGCCAAGUAA